GUGAUGAUCUGCUUGCUCCAGCUAUUAUUCUGGAGAGGGAGUCAGCGCUGCGAAGGAAGUUGAAAUUGACAUCUUCGAAGCUUAUAGCCCAUCAGCUAGCUAUUCAUCAUCCUCUGGCCCUUUCAAGCCAGCAUCUCUAGGUCGACGGAUUGAGUCCGACAUGGCUUUGCCACGUUCUUGCCAGGUGUUGGUAGCUGGUAGUGGGAACGCUGGUUUCUCCGCCGCGGUCGCCGCCAAACAAGCCGGUGCCAAAGAGGUAGUUCUCAUUGACAAGUGCCCUGAAGACUGGGCCGGUGGUAACUCCUACUUCACCGCAGGAGCAUAUCGGACGGUCCAUCAUGGCAAAGACGACCUUCUCCCGCUGGUCAACAAUGUCGACGAGGCUACCGCUGCCAGGAUCGAUAUGGAACCAUAUACCGAGCAAGACUUUUCGAACGACAUGAAGAGGAUAUGCGCGGGAAGAUCCGAUCCGGCAUUGAGCAAAGUCUUGAUCGAAGACUCAAAUGCGACGGUGAAAUGGCUAAAGAAAAAUGGCAUUCGGUUUCAACUCUCUUUCAAUCGGCAAGCAUAUGAGAUUGAUGGCAGGUUGAAAUUCUGGGGAGGUCUCGCCCUGAAGACUGAGGAUGGUGGCAAAGGCCUGAUCGAAGAUCACAAGGCCGCAGCCCGAAAGCACGGCGUGUCUGUGUUUUACUCAACGGCGCUUCAGCACCUUAUCACUGAUCCGGACACGGGAGCAAUCGCUGGAGUGUCUGUGCUACAGAAUGGCAAGACCGUUGAGAUCAAGACAGGCGCCGUGAUAUUGGCAGCUGGAGGGUUCGAGGCUAACCCGAGGAUGCGCUCCCAAUCGCUUGGUCCGAGCUGGGAUCUUGCCAAAGUACGUGGUACGCCCUUCAACACGGGAGACUGUCUUGAGAUGGCGAUGCGAGAUGUCCGAGCAAGACAAGCCGGUAACUGGUCCGGCUGCCAUUCGACCUGCUGGGACGCAAACGCUCCUGCGCAUGCUGGAGAUCGUGUGGCUUCCAACGAAUUUACAAAGUCGGGAUAUCCCCUGGGUUUAAUGUUCAAUAUCAAUGGAGAACGAUUUGUUGACGAGGGUGUCGAUCUCCGAAAUUACACCUACGCCAAGUUCGGUCGCGCAAUCCUGAAUCAGCCUGGCCAGAAGGCAUUCCAGCUUUGGGACCAGCGGACAAUCUCCUGGCUGCGUUCUGAAGAGUACCGCGAGGAGCGAGUGCGGCGCAUCAUGGCGAACACGAUUCCUGAAAUGGCCGACAAGCUAGCAGAGUGCGGACUCACGAACCGCGAGGCAUUCAUUGAGAACAUGGAGGCUUACAACAAGGCUGUCUAUGCCUUUCAGAAGGAGAACCCAGGCACGAAAUGGGAUCCUGCAGUUCGAGACGGAUGCUCGACACAAUCUUCGACAAUGAAGCUGCCUCUAGGCAAGACCAAUUGGGCACUUCCCCUCGAUAAGGGUCCUUUUAUGGCGGUUGAAGUGACCUGCGGAAUCACAUUUACUUUUGGAGGAUUGUCAACGGUGCCAGAGACGGCGCAGGUCGUUUCAGAGUCCGGUCAAGAGAUCCCAGGUCUUUAUUGUGUCGGAGAGAUGAUGGGUGGCCUGUUUUACGAGAACUAUCCUGGUGGCAGUGGCCUGACAUCAGGCGCUGUCUUUGGCAGGAGGGCAGGCACAGCUGCGGCUCGCAGUAUAUCCAACGGUGCAAAUACUAGUAGACAAGACAGAGCUAGGCUAUAGAUGUGCUUCCAUGAAU